AAACACCCUAGCAUCCUUCACACCUAACAACACUCCCAGCAUAAAAGGAUUCAUUCAACACAGACAUCAUGGCUCUUAACAUAAGCACCGCAAGUCUGAUUCUCAACACGAGCACCACGCCCACAUAUCCCGCUGAAGUCUCGAAACUCAGAGGUGUGGCUUUGGGAUUCGAGCUGCUCGUUUGCUUCGUCGGGCUUAUUGCAUGCUGCAUUGCACACUAUUGCCUGGAGACAUGCAAGCUGAUUCAAAGCGGGAUGAAGAUUCAACUGCAGAUAUUAUUCACCACCGAUAUCGCAAUCUGCCUCUUCAUGCUGCCAGCUCAUGCAGCGAUUGAAUACCGGAUACUGAGUGGUAUACACCAGAACAAGACGUCAGAAACAGUUUUUACGUUGCUGUACGCCAUGGCUGUAGGGAUUGAGCGUCUUACCGUUAUGGUAAUCGCUAUCUAUAGGAUGAUGGCUGUGUGUUACCCUCUCAAGUACCAGUACUGGUCUCAAAAGAAGGUGGCGGUAUUGGUAAAUUUAUUUACCUGUUCGCCGGUAGUCCUGAUACUGGCAAUAAAACUCUUGAUAAAGGAUGACUCAGGCAUUGAAGCAUUCGAUCCUAACAGCUCUUUAUCUAAUAGUUUUCUGCAGUAUGGAUUCGUCUCGGCGCCAACGGUCAUUACACUGAUCACCUACCUUGUUAUGGUUUUGCUCAUCCUAUUCAAGAAGGGAUCCAUUUCACCGCCUGACAGUUGCGAAAGAUCUGUAAGAAUCUUCAUUUUGACGAACACUCUCUUUGAAGUUCCAGACGGUAUCAUGCACGCAUCGAAAGCUACUGUGGGAGAUGCUGUCUAUACUAUCGUCCACGUGAUAUAUCGAAUUCACUAUGCCCUCGACCCCAUUUUCUUCGUGGGCCUCAAUGCAAGAUACCGCCAGAUGGUGUAUCAGUGCUGUUCCUCAAGUAUCCCUGUGCGAGAGGCCAUCACUGUCACCCAGAGCGAGGUCACACUCGAGAGAAUAUAAGCCUGCUUUUCCGGCGAUUUUUUCCAUUUCAUAUGAUUUACCCUGAUUUUGACUGCUCACCAAGAAAACUUGGUUAAACCAAUUUGAUUCCAUAUCUAUUUAUAUGAUUUCCCAUCCUCUGUUGAAGGGUGUAUUCACCCCUUUCACUGGAAAUGGAAAUGUAAAAUUAACACUUCCCUUUCCUGUUAAGUGGUGCUCAUUAUAUGUCUCUUUGUCUUCAAGAGACUUCUAGAUUUUAAUAACACACGGUUAUUGUAGAAGAGCCAGGGGGAUAAUACAUUAAGAAAUAGGCAAACGUGCAACAAUAUCAGUUGCAUGAAGUAAAAAAAAAAAAGCGUAUUGCAAUGGAAUGUUUGCAUACAGUGUUGUAUCUUAUAACUCUGACUUUGUAAUGUUAAAAAUAAAAGAUAUGUA